UCAAAACCUCUUUGGGCUAUAAAUUUAGAUGAAAUCAUUUGCCAAUCUGUAAACUGAGGUAACACAGUCGCAAAAAAAAUUCAAUUGGAGAAGAUGUUUACCUAUCGGGAUUGGGUAAAAAAGGGUGAACCGAAGGUAUUAGAUACUCCACGUAAUUAUGAGGCCAGUCCCAAAAACGCCAAGGUUCCAAUCUCUCCCUCCACUGAACAGCUACGUUCUCAUGAUUUCCUGAAGCCCAAGAAUCUGAACAACGGACAUAUCAAAUCUUGGGUGGACGAGAAAAACAGCAAUUUCAUGCUCUCUCCAAGGAACCUCUCGAUCACUUGGUCGGAUGACCCCAAUUAUUGGACGUGGUUUCUCAACAAGGAGUCACCAAACGAGGUAGGUGUAGAAGCUGUGGCGUUGAAAAACGUGUGUUGGCUUGACAUCACGGGAAAAUUCGACACGAAGAAUCUCACUCCAGGGAUUACGUACGAGGUAGUCUUUAAGGUGAAGCUAGAGGAUCCGGCCUAUGGAUGGGACGCGCCGGUGAACAUUAAGUUAGUCUUGCCUAACGGUAAAGAUAAACCGCAGGAGCAAAAGGUGAGUUUAAGGGAAAUACCAAGGUAUCAAUGGGUCGAUAUUAUAGUCGGAGAGUUCAAGCCGGAGAAAAAUUCCGCGGGAGAAAUCGUUUUCUCAAUGUAUGAGCAUGAAAGUGGCGUUUGGAAGAAAGGGCUCUUCCUCAAAGGUGUUGAAAUUUGCCCCAAAUAUACAAAUUAAUCUUGGAAUAUAAAUUUCCAAAUGCACACUGAACCUUUAUAUAUAUAUAUAUUCCACAUCAUGACAUGUCUAUAUGGAAUGUGUGCAUAUAUAUUAUAAGGUUGAUCUAUCGUAUUAUUACUUUAGAUACCUACUUUGAUGUUGGUAUUGAAUAAAAGCAAAAACCGAGAGUUGGUGUUGUAAUGUUUUAAGUUUGAAUUCGAGUUUUAUGAUUUGAGUGUAUGUAUGUAAUAAAUAAUCCGAUCAAUGAACAUUUGUUAUGUAUGA